UAUUAUUUGAACCCCAGGCAUGCCCCUCUUUGGGAUCCCCUCAUUCUGCAACUUCUAUUCACCUCUUUGCACCCUAAUUGUCUUGUCUCUAACUGAUCUCCGGCAAGAUGACCGGGUCUGAUGACAAGAUUACCAUUUCCAUCGACCGUGGCGGUACUUUUACCGACGUACACGCGGUCGUGCCCGGUCGCCCUGACAUUAUCCUGAAGCUCCUAUCCGUCGACCCUGGCCACUAUCAGGAUGCUCCCACCGAAGGCAUUCGUCAGAUCUUGGAGAUUGUUACUGGAGAGUCACAUCCACGAGGAGAGCCUCUGAAACUCGACCGAAUUGGUAGUCUACGCAUGGGAACGACUGUAGCGACUAAUGCACUGCUGGAGCGCAAGGGUGCUCGGUCAGUACUUCUCACGACCAAGGGAUUCCGUGACCUCCUCAGGAUUGGGGAUCAAUCGCGUCCCAACAUCUUCGACUUGUCGAUGGCGAGACCUGGCGUCCUGCCCGAAAGAGUCGUGGAAAUCAAUGAGCGUGUGGUCCCUUGUCACCCUCUCGCGGACAAGGAUUGCUUCUCCGAAGCUCGAGUCGUGGAAGGCACGACUGGGGAGAAGUUCCUCGUGGUACAGGAGCUCGACAUGGAAGAAGUCCGGCCCAUCCUGCAAGAAUUGAAAGAUCAAGGCUAUCAGUCAUUAUCGGUCGCGCUGGUCCAUUCGUUCGCGUACCCCGAGCAUGAGCGCAUGAUUGGCGAGGCCGCCGAGAGCAUGGGCUUCUCCGUGACCUUGUCUUCAAAGCUACAGCCGAUGAUCAAGGUUGUCCCCCGAGGCAUGUCUGCCGCUGCAGAUGCGUACCUCACCCCUGUUAUCAAGACCUACAUCGACUCUAUCUCGGACAGCUUUGAGGGCGGACUUGAGAAGCAAAGCGAAUGUCGCUUUGAGUUCAUGCAAUCAGAUGGUGGCCUGGUGGAUUUCCGCAGAUUCAGCGGGCUGAAAGCGAUUCUGUCCGGUCCCGCUGCUGGCGUGGUUGGAUUUGCGGCAACCAGUUGGGAUCCUAAAGAGAAGACGCCUGUGAUUGGGUUUGAUAUGGGCGGCACGUCCACCGAUGUGUCUCGCUUUGAUGGACAUCUUGAGCACGUAUUCGGAUCCAAGGUUGCCGGUGUCCUCAUCCAAUCUCCACAAUUGGACAUCAACACUGUGGCCGCAGGUGGUGGAUCCAUCCUGACAUGGCGAAAUGGCCUGUUCUAUGUUGGGCCUGAGUCAGCAUCAGCUCAUCCUGGUCCUGCUUGCUAUCGCAAAGGGGGACCGUUGACAGUUACCGACGCGAAUCUAUUCCUUGGCCGGCUGUUGCCGGAAUACUUCCCUCAUAUCUUUGGAGAAAAUGAAGAUGAGGCACUUGACCUCGAGGUCACUACUAAGCUCUUCAACGAACUCACACAGAAAAUCAACUCUGAGCGUAAGGAGAAGGGGCAAACCGAAUUUACUCCCGAAGAGGUUGCCUUGGGAUUUCUGAAGGUCGCAGAUGAAUCCAUGGCUCGCCCUAUUCGCAACCUUACCGAAGCCCGUGGCUUUGAAACUGCUUCCCAUCACCUUGCAUGCUUCGGUGGUGCAGGAGGACAGCACGCAUGCACAGUUGCAGCUUCAUUGGGGAUUUCUCGCAUUAUCAUUCACAAAUUUUCCUCUGUCUUGUCGGCUUAUGGUUUGGCACUAGCCGAGGUGGUCAAGGAGUCUCAGGAGCCGGUCUCUACCGAAUACUCUACUUCCCGGUCCACUCUAGACAAACGCUUCGAUGACCUGACCCGGGCGGCCGUCAAAGAUAUGGAGAGCCAAGGGUUCUCUGCUGAGCAAGUUCGACAUGAGCUUUAUCUCAACCUGCGCUAUGAAGGUUCGGACACUAGCCUUAUGAUCUUGAAGCCCGAAGACGACUCCGACUUCCUCGAGGAGUUCCGUACCAGACAUCGCAGAGAAUUUGGCUUCAACUCAGAUCGACCGGUCUUAGUAGACGACGUCCGCGUUCGUACGAUCGCCUGCUCAAAGGUGCGGGAGGAAACAAGCCCCUUGGUACAACUCCGGGAAGCCACGAUCAAAGAUGUCAGCGGCGAUCCAGACACCAUCUCGAAAGCGUAUUUCGACGGCCAUACAGAGCGCAUUGAUACUCCUGUGUACCAGCUGAACAAACUAGACAAGAAUACUCGAGUUCGCGGUCCUGCGGUCAUUAUUGAUGAAACGCAGACAGUUGUGGUUGCGCCCAAUGCCGUGGCCAAGAUCCUAGAUACUUGCAUCGUGAUCGAUCUUGAAGAGCUGCCUAGAAGCUCCGAAGACGAAGUUGCGUCCUCUUCUGGGAUUGACCCGAUCCGCCUCAGCAUCUUUGGUCACCGCUUUAUGUCCAUUGCCGAGCAGAUGGGUCGCACCCUACAAAAGACAUCAGUGUCGACCAAUAUCAAGGAGCGUCUGGACUUUUCUUGUGCAUUGUUCUCCCCCGAUGGUGGUUUGGUUGCCAAUGCACCCCAUGUGCCGGUUCACCUUGGGUCAAUGCAAUUUGCUGUGCGCUAUCAACACCAGAAGUGGCUGGGUAAACUCCAGGAUGGCGAUGUUUUGGUGGCCAACCAUCCCAGCUGCGGUGGAACUCACCUGCCUGAUAUCACGGUGAUUACUCCAGUCUUUGACAAGCCCGGUGGUAGCGAGAUUAUAUUCUACGUGGCCUCUCGAGGUCAUCAUGCCGACAUUGGUGGUAUCCUACCGGGAUCCAUGCCGCCCAAAUCGACCGAACUGUGGCAAGAAGGCGCUGCGAUUGAAGGUGACAAGAUCGUCAGCAACGGUGUGUUCGAUGAGGAGCGGAUGGUUGAGCUUCUGGUUCACAAGCCGGCGCAGUACCCCGGUUGCUCAGGAGCACGGUGCAUCACAGAUAAUCUGUCCGACCUGAAAGCACAAAUCGCGGCCAAUACUCGUGGUAUCAGCUUGAUUCAAGCUCUCUUUGCAGAGUAUGGGGUCGAAACCGUUCAGAAGUAUAUGUAUGCCAUCCAAGCAACGGCUGAGACAGCGGUGCGCAAUCUGCUGAAAGAUCUUCAUAAGAAGUUUGGCGGUCAGCCAUUGGAGGCCGUCGAUCACAUGGACGAUGGUACGCCUAUCAAGCUGAAGGUCACCAUCAAUGGAACAGAUGGGUCUGCUGUGUUUGACUUCGACGGCACCGGCCCGGAGGUCUACGGAGGUUGGAACGCGCCAAUUGCCAUUACCCACUCCGCUAUCAUCUACUGUCUUCGAUGCAUGAUCAACGCGGAUAUGCCUUUGAACCAAGGCUGCCUGACUCCUAUUGAUAUUCAGGUUCCAUCACCCAGUAUCCUGUCGCCCACAAAAUCGGCGGCUGUCGUCGGCGGCAACGUUGUUACCUCGCAACGAAUUACGGACGUUGUGCUCAAAGCUUUCCGGGCGUGUGCAGCCUCCCAGGGCUGCUGCAACAACUUGACCUUCGGCACCAACUCGAAGAAGGACCCCGAUACGGGUGAGACCAUCCCAGGCUUCGGAUACUACGAGACGAUCGCGGGUGGCAGCGGGGCUGGACCGACCUGGAACGGCGAGUCCGGCAUCCACGUGCACAUGACAAACACGCGGAUCACGGACCCUGAGAUCCUGGAAAAGCGUUACCCGACGCUGUUGCGCCAGUUCACUCUCCGGGACGGGUCUGGCGGCAAGGGCAAGCACCCGGGAGGCGACGGUGUUGUUAGAGAGCUAGAGUUCUUGUCUCCGAUGGAGGUCUCCAUUCUCUCCGAGCGCCGCGUCUAUCGUCCGUAUGGUCUGGAAGGAGGUGAAGAUGCUCAGCCAGGAAUGAACCUCUGGAUCACCAAGGACGCGGACACCGGAGUGGAAAGGAAAGUGAAUAUCGGAGGGAAGAACACAGUCUCUAUGCAAACGCAUGAUCGCAUCGUCAUUAUGACGGCUGGCGGUGGUGGUUGGGGUGCUGUAUCUGCUUGAUUUGAAUGCGGAUGAAGUCCGAUUGACUGUCGGAUGUAGACAAGGCUAUUCUUUGGAUGAUAUAAGCAUUUAUCUGGCAAACCCAUAUGAGAGAGUAUACUAGAAUAGCAGUCGUAUAG